AUGUCCAGAAGUAAGAGCCGUACUCGCUCAAAGAGCCGCAGCCGCAGCCGUUCCCGUAGUCGACGUACAUCACGAAGCUAUUCUAGAAGUCGUUCGCCGUCGUCUCGAAGCCGUAGUCGCAGUAGAAGCAAAACUCCUGUUGAUAAACACAGGCUCCACGUUCGAGACAUAGGUACAGUAUAAAGUACACAUCUGUUUAUGCUAACUUUGUUUACCUCAAGUUAAUUAAGACUACUAUCCUAAUUAACCUUGCUUAUAAUUUAUUUUAUUUAUUGACUAGGUAGCAGUAUAACAAGACGUGACAUUGAAAAAGAAUUUGAACGUUAUGGUACAUUACUUGAAGUAUGGAUGUCUAGAACCAGACCAAGUUUUGCUUUUGUUGUGUACAAAAGAGAUAAGGAUGCCGCAGAGGCACAAAAACGUACAAAUGGAAUGUAAGUACAAAGUUUGAACAAUUUAAAUAUUUUUAUACAAAUAAAUUAAAAGUGUAUUUUAAUUUCUUAUUAUAUUUUGUAUAUAGGGAAUUGUAUGGAAGUUUCUUAACUGUUAGUUUUGCAAAAACUCGUGGGCUCAGUCGUAGGUCAUCAAGAAACAACAGCUAUCGUGAUUCACUUAGAUGUUACUCUUGCAACCGAGUGGGGCAUUUCUCUCGUUCCUGUAAGGAAGUCAACUAUGGUUACAGACGUUAAGGUAAUUAUGUAUAAUUAUUUGAAACUCUGGUAAUAUACUAAUUAAUUCUUAUUUUUGAUGUGUAUUUCUGAUUUUUGUUGAAAAUGUGUAAUGAAAACAGUUUUGACGUGCAAUUGAAUAUUAAAUAAUUAUUUUUACAUUAGGCAUUAAUACAAUAAUUAAUUAUUAUUAAUUAAUAAUUAAUUAAUAAUUAAUAAUAUUGUUAAUUCAUAUUUUAAUUUAAUUACAAGUUAUAAUACAGAAUUUCCUUAAAAUGGUAAAAUAAUUGUAUUUUACAUAAAAUGUGGAUUUUAUUAAAAGUUUCUACAUUUUGUAGGUGUUAUUAUUUUUGAUGAAUUUGAUAUUUUUAUUAAUUGAUAAUUCUUGUACAAUAUUACAUUAUAUUGGUGUCAGGACAAUAAAUGUUUGCUUACAGUUGACUAACAACUUUUAAAUUUGAAGCUAUGGAUGAAUGCUGUUUAUUUAUAUUUUUAAAUAAGUAAAACAUUCACAUAUUUGAUUUGAAUAGAACUUUUUUCACUUUUUCAUUAUGAAUUUUUAAGCUGUACUUAUUUAUAAUUUUUUUUUUUAGUUUAAACAUUUAAGUUGAGUUGAAUUAAUAAUGUGUUUGCAAUUUGUUGUUCUGCUUUAGUGUUAUGUAAUAGUUAUUAUUUUAAUUUUUAAUGAAUAAGCAGUAUUUUAAAUAUAAAUUGUAUGUAAUUAUAUUUAUGUUGAUUCUGAGUGAAGUGAUAAUAUUAUUGAUGGUCUUGGUUUACACUUGUGUAUUAUUAACUAUUAUUUGAGUAUGUAUAAUAUUUUGGUAUGUUAUGAUCUUCAAAAAUACCAUGUAGAAUUAAUCCAUGCUUAGAUUGGAAUUUAAUCAGAAUGUAUAUGUAUAUAAAUCAACAAAAAUAUUUUGAUUUUUGUAUCAAUAUAAAAAUCCUAUGUGAGCCACCCUUCAGGGGUUGAAUUUCGAGACUCUUACUAUUAUCAAGAGCUAUCUAAAAACACAACUGAGUGCAUGGUUUUGAAGAAAAUACAGGCGCUAUAUGUUUAUAUUUACUUAUUUCAUAUUAGAAUGCUAAUUUAUUUUAUUUUGGUAUACUUUUAAGUUUUUUGAUUGAAAUGAUUAUUUUAUUUUAUUUUAGGUAACAAAGUAGGAUGAUACUACCCACUUAAUGUAUCUUGUUUUUUUUUUUUUUCCCAGUCAUUAAUAACUAGCAUGCUAUAUAAUUUACAUACUAUUCAAGCCAGAAUGCUUUACAGUAAUUAAUAAUUUUGAUUUAAAAAGUAAAUAAUUAUAUAUUUCAGUGGCAGUCAAAUGGGGGAGGGUGGACUAUCAUGAUCUUUUUCUCUUCAAUUUUGAUUAUAAUAUUUAAUAUUUUACCUAUUUAUUUAUUUAUAUUUUUAAUGUGAAUAAUAAUAUUUAAAAAUCAGCUUCAUCACUUACAUGACAAAAUUAUUUGAACGCCACUGUUAGAAUAAUUUUUUCUUUUACUUAAAUAGCAUUUUAUUUUUAAAUAAUUUUACUGUAAACUGUGUGUAUUUGAUUAAUAUUAUUGUUCAUACCAAAAAAAAAUUAUUUUAAUUAUAAAUAAUAUUGGUUUGGUACAAGUUAAUAUAUAACUAGUUAACGAUACAAAAAAAAAAAAAAAAACAAACAACACUUGUGAGCAGCUGAAUUCACACUUCACCCCCCUCCCUACAUAUUUUAUGUUAUAAACAUAUUCUUUAUAAAACAAUAAAUAAUUAAGUUAGAAAAACUAAUAAAUAUAUAUUAAAAUAUUUAACAAACAUUGUCAGCUGCAUUAGUUUAUUUUCGGGGAUAAUUUGACUAAUAAAAAAAAAUGUGUGUGUAAAAUCAUAUAUGGCUCGUUUCAUACAAGCCACUUUUUGUGGCACCACGAAAUCCAUAUGGUUUUCAUACAAUCAAUACAAACUUUAUUUAGGCAUUUUACUAGACUUAUUAUUAAUAACUUGUUAUCAUUUCAAUUUUUAAAAUUUGUAUAAAUUUUAUUAAUUUAAAAAUGGUAUUGAAGAUGAUAUACCUAUUACAAUGUCAAUUUGUUGAGAUUCAAAAUGGUAAAAUGGUAAAAAAACCUGUAUGAAAUAUAGAUACAUAUAGUAAAAGAAAAUAACUCAAUAAAUUAAUAUGAUGAAUAAUAAGUUGAACACAGUGUACAUAGUUGAUAAUCUAUGGUUUGUUUCAUUAUUUGUGUCGUGUCUUGUGUGAAAGUGCGUAUUCAAUUCUAUGUAUCUCUAAUCUUAGUGACACUUGGCGUGGAUCAACCUGUAAACUGUCACUACAUUUACGGUACGACACACUGUGUGAAACCAUCAAUACAAAACGAUGUAUUUUUAACAGUGUAAUUUUUGUGACUCCACAAAAAGUGGCCUGUGUGAAGCAAAUCUGUGAUACAAUAAUCAAAUUUCAUAACCAUUCUAUGUAUAAAAAGAAAAAAACUAAUAAUUUUUGCUGUUAAACAAAUUUAGCAAACUAUAAAUUCAUUUUUGUUUAAGUUAUUUUCAAAUUCACUUAGUAUAGUUUACCAAAUAAUUACUAAUUACUAAUUUACUUUUAAAUUACUUUUUAAUUACUAUGUUUAAAAAGCUAAAAUAUAUUUUUAUAGUAGUAAAUAUUUUAUUUCAGUAUUUUUUAUAUAUUUAGCUUAUAUGGUUAAAAAAGGUUUAGACACUUAUUUUAGAACAGCAGUUCUCAAAUUAUUUUAUUAUGGAGCCCCUAGGUUAAUAAAUGAAUAUGUGACACACCAAGUAUCAAGUUUUUAAAAUUUCAUAAAAACUAUUUUAAAUUUUUUUUGUGAAUUAACCUGCGAAGCUCUUGGAUGAUUUCCGUAGAGUUCCAAGGUUGAUAAUUUAUAGUUUGAGAACCACUGCUUUAGAGAAUAUCUUAGACGGCUUUCCUAACAUAUUAGUAUAUUACAUUAUUUUUACAAUAAAUAUUAUUAUAUUAAUAAUAUUGCUUACUGGGAGCUACAACGUAUUUAUAUUCCUUUAAUAUGUUAAUAAAUAUUAAAAACUUUGUUUCCACUUAUAAAAUUAUUCAUGUUUCAGAUAAUUCAAAUUGUGUUUAAAAAGUAAUUACAUUUAUUUUUAUUUUCAAUUUAUCGAUCAAACAUUAUUUUUAUACUAAGUUAUUAUUUAUAAACAUAACCUUAAGUCCAUAAUGUUUAUAAUUUGGGUGUUGCGACAUAAUAUAAUUUUCUUAUAUAUUUAUUAAAAUUUGUAACUCAUACUUAUGCAAAUACAGAAAUCCAAACAAUUGCAGUGAUUUAAAUUAAAAUUAAUAAACGUUUGUUUAAGAUCAAGGAGUGGAAGCAAGGUAUAUACUAUAAUAUUAUAUGAUAUAUAUUUUUUAAUUUUAAAAAUUUAUACUUAAAUGACACUUUGUGUAAAAUAUCUACCACCCACAAACAUAAUGAAGUAUAUAAUUCUUCUAUAUUCUUUUCUGGACUCCAAUAUUUAAUAAUACAAAGUAAUAAUUAUUUUUGAAUUAACUAAUUUUGAAUAAAUACUAAACAACAUUUAUAACUUAAUUUAAUGUACAAUUUAAAAAAAAAAAAAAAAAAAAAAAUUCCAUAAAAACAAUAUCUAUUUCUUUUUGUAAUUCUUAUCCUCUUGGUAUCGUAUAUAAUUGUAUCCAUAUAAAAGUUUGAAUUUUAUAUUCAUAUAGGAAGAAUGUGAGUGUUAUGGUUAAAUGAACUUAAUUGGGGCGUCAUUUACCAAUGUUGAUGAUGAUGGUGUUGUUGAUAUUGAUGAUGUUGAUUUGAUGGUUGUGAUGACACCAGUAUGUUCCUCAUUGUUGGCACAACAUGAUGGUGUGGUAGAUUUUUAUACAGGGCGAGCUCAUCGAACGCCGUCCAAUUUGUCAAAACUGUAAUAUGGUAGGUAUAAGGUGUGUAUUUAAUCAGUGAAAAUGGAAAGCCUAGGAUGUAUAAUUUUUUUAUUUGACCAUUUUUAUCAUUUAUAUUGUCUUACUUUGUACUGAUAUAGCCUAUGUUUCAUAUAAUUAAUGCAUGCUAAGAAAACUAAAACAGAUUUUUCUUUUAAAUGUUACUAUUUGUUUUUAUCCAGAGUACAUAAUAUUGUAUAUUUAAUAUGUAAUAUUCAUAUUAUACAAUGAAUAAUACAAAUAUUUAGUAUUCUUAUGUACAAUUAUACAGGAUUUUCUUUGAAGAAAAAAUUAUUUUGAAGUUGCGAGGUAAUGUAACUUUAUUAUCCUAGCACUUAAAAAUUACUUAAUCUUCAUAGGACACCCUGUAUUGUGUAUAUACUAUAUAUUAUAUUAAAAUUGAGUGAUUAGUAAAUCAACAUAUAAAAGAAAAACAUUACGAUAUUUUCUUUGGUUUAUAAAUGUACAAAUAUUAUUUUACUAUAGGCCCGAUAUAUCUACAUAGUGUAUAUAAAUUAAAUACUAAUUGAGAAAUAUAUUUAUGUUUACACAGGUGCUGCUGACCCAUUAUCAACUUACGAAAAGGAUAAUUCGUUUAUAAUUUUGAAAUAAUACUCCUCUCACAUCAGUUUUGAACGAUAGUAGUUUAUACUUUAAUUUUUAUGAGCCAGAACUUAAAUAUUGGUUAUUAUGUAUAAUAAUAAUUCACUUAAUUAAUUUCUUUUGCUUAUUUCUAUUGGUUCUUUUUAUAAUAUUAUUUACACCUACUUAAAUGAAAUAAAUGUGUAGGUAUGUUAUAAAAUAAAUGAUUUUUUUUUAUAUAUAUAGUUGAAAAUACUUUUUUUUUAUAGUUUAUUUGCUAAUAAAUUGAAUAAAAUUACAUUAUCCAUUAAUAUUUAUUAUAUUUGGUAUGAGUUACAGCUUGUUUAUUCUAUUUUAGAAUUGCAAAUAAUUUGAAAUGUUGAUUAUAAUGCAUAAUCUAUGUUUAAAACUUAUACUAUUUGCAGACUUUCAGAAACACAAAAAUUUUUAUGUAAUUUCCACAUUUAAUCAAUGUAUAUCAAUAUGGGGAAUUUGUUUCGUAUUAAUCAAUAGAAGAGGAGAGUUUGUGUAAACAUUACUAUCUCACUAAUACUAUUGUUUAAUGAUUCACAUACAAAUAUUUAACAACUAUACAGAGAUGAGUGUGUUAUUGUCUAUUACAUUCCCUAACAAGUAAAUGGGCUAAUUUAAAAUUUAUGUUGCAUAGUCAUUUUAUAAUAUAAAUAUUGAAAAUAGAGAAAAAUAUAUAAUACAAACAUUUUUCUAAAAAUUGAAAAUAAUUUGUAUAUUUUUUUGUUGUUUUUGGAGUUAAUUUUUGAAAUUCUAAUGAGAACCUAUAUUCCAAAUUACAUAAAUAGAUGGAAUGUUAGUUAACAAGCUAACUGUUACAUUAUUUUAAUAGCUUGAUAUUGUACCAAAAAUAGUAUUCAGUGUAGUAAAUUACAAAAAAAAAAGUUCCAAAAUGUUUCCUUCAAAACAUUUGAGUCAAACACUGUGUUACCAGCAUUAGUACUGAAAGCAUGUAAAAUGAAUGAGUUAAAGAUAUGUAUAACUAGGGUAUAAAACAUGUAAGCCAUGAUAUUCACGCAAUCAACUUGUUAAAUAAUGUUGGUGUGAAAAUAACCUGUUGAUAAUAUAUUCUCUUUAGUUCAGGUAGAGGAAGCGUAGUGGAAUACUAUGUAUUUGUAUGGUGACAAAGCACGGAGAAUGGUGUUUGAAUAGUGUUUCACUACUCUCCCCCUACCUAUACUAGAAAGUUGAAUAAUAUCAUCAACGUGUUGAUGGAAAUCAACAAUUUUAUCACCAGAAUUUAUUUAAACUAACACUAAACAAUUUUGAAUAUAAGUUCUCAUAGUAAAAAAGAUAAUCUUUAUAAAUCAAAAAAUUAAGUAUUAUACAUUUUUCUAUUUUGAAUAUUUACAUGAUAAAAUAACUCAUAAAUUUUUAAUCACACUGUAUAAAUUGUUGGAUUUAUUAUUUCAACAUCCCUUGUCUUCCCAGCAAGGUUUGCUGAGCCACUGCCUGAAAUCUCAAUCUGUAUGGUUUCAGGUUCGUGAAGAAUUAUGACUUAUGAAACAGAACUUAUGUUUGUAUUUCUGCGUUAUCAAUAACAAAUAGCUGUAAGGUUUGAUUUUUGUUACUGUUACUCUGUGUGUAGACUUUAAUACACUUUUACAAUGGUUGUAGAGAUUUAAAACAAAUUUUUUAUUCCUUUAUGUGUUUAUGGUUUUUAGAUAAGCAGAAAAAAUGUAAAAUUGUGACCAGAGAAAAUUUAGGAAGUUUAAAAACAGAUGCUAAUGAAAACUAAUUGGAGACCAUUGCAUUCUAUGUAAAUGUAAGAUCAGAGUUUUAAAACACCUAUCCCCAUAAAGCUGACAAAAUACAAAAUAUAUUAUAGUCAUGCCUAAUAUUAAAUUAGAGAGGAGAUGAAGUAACCUUCUCCGCCUCUCCUGAAUUAAAAAAAAAAUGUUUACUUGAAUUAAAUAGUUAUCUAAGGCUGUAACUAGAAGUGGAAUACAUUUUCCAGUUGUGCAUGUUUAAAUGUAAAAAAUAUUAGUGAGGUAUAAUAUUAAUAAAACAAUUUUGGACUUUCCUUCCCUAUAAUGAACCGGACUUGGCAGUAUGUUACAAUACUAUUAUAUUAUGGAAUUUACAUUUUGUCCAAAACUUCAGAGAUGUUGGGAAAAGAGUUUGAAAUAAUAACACCACACUUAAUUAAGAUGGAAAUAUUGCUUUAUUUUUAAGAUUUACAACCCAGUGGAAACUACAUUCGUAAGGAACGAUUCUAAUGGUUAAGAAAAAAAAAAAAAACAAGUCUGGUCAGUUAAGUUUUAUGAAAUCAUAGUCUGAUUAAGUAAAUUCUGAUUAGUAAUUAACACAGGUAUCUACACCCAUAUAUAUAUAUAAGAGUGUAUAUACCCAAGAUUCGAAAGCGUGGUCUCACGUACAUAAAGUGGUACAUGGUGAAGAAUGCGCGUUUCACAAUCUGAAGGCAAAUAUUCUUAGGCCUUAGUUUUAUUAUCUUUUCCGAGAGCGACUAGUCAUUCUUGGAACUGGUGAUCAGCUUUUUUCAAAAAACAAAAUACUUAGAUUCUGCAUAAGAAUACUUAACCUUACUGCAUAUAUUAUAAUAUUAACAAGAAAAAUAAAAUAAACAGUUUUGAAGUACAUAGAUUUCACUGCUGAGGAGACCAAGAUAAAUAAAGAAAAAGUAGUAAUCCAGAUUAUAACACAUAGCCACCAAAGUUUUUAUUCAUUUGUAAUAUACCAGUUUUUCCCACCCUUAAAUGAGCUUAAGAUCUGACUUUGUACAGACUUGGGUUUUUUGAAAUUUUGCUCUGAUUUACAAUGAUAGCACUUAUUCUGAAAGGGGUGGAACUUUAGGUAGGUCAAUUUUUAUUUUCUCAGCUGUUUUCAUAAUAAAUUGGGAAAGUAGGUAACUGCAUUACUAAACAAGUAUUAUUAAAGAAAAUAUCUAAUGCAUAUAUAAUUAUUUUACCAUAAUAUGACGCACGUAUUAUAUUAUUGACAAAGUAACACUAUUAACCGAAUCCCGCUCAAAAUCGCUUUUUUGUUAGCAAUGGUUAUUCGUUGCAUACAUUAAAUUUUCCUCUUUACUACCUUCCCAACUUCUUUCCUACAUAGGCUUGCGCAGAUCUUGCUGGCAGGGGGGCAGAAUGUAUAUAUACCUAUAUUAUAUGUAAUAUUAGCUGUCCCGGCUUGACCUGUGCCUUUGUAUUUUUUUUUUACCCAUAUUCCUUUUUAGAUUUGACCGUGUCACUAAUGAAUAAAAACAAAUAGGUGGAACGUGGGUAGUCCACUUUCGGCAGAGUUUCGGCUAUUGUGUUAUAAGUUUAUGGCAUAUAUUUUUAAAUUUUAAAUUACUAUUUGUCUUAAGCAUUAAAUAUUUCUGGAUACAUUACAUUAGGUGUCUCACCUUCUGAAGGCAACACAAAUACAUUUUUUUUUCGUAUGUAACGCGUGACUAAGCCACGUAAAAUUGACCUUGGGAAUAACAUUGUACGGUUAGGUCUAAACCUGCAACAUUUAAUGUUUGACCUUGUGCUUUAUUGAUAAUCAUUGGAAAACAUAGUUUCACAGGAAAUUGGAGCUGUUUAAACUAGAAUGGCCGAUUGAUUGGGAUAAUUGGUAUAAUAUGAACCAAGACCGUUUACUAGCUCCACACUCGGUAAGAAUCAUACACUCAAGCAGAUAGUUUUUUAAAGAUUUUAUUUGCAAUCUUGUGCUAUUGCAUAAUUUUGGUGGACAUAAGUUCUAGAGUAAUAUUAUAGGAGAACAUACCUUUUUUAAAUUAAUUUAAGCGGUGGAGUCCUUGGAGGGGUUAAAGAAUUUAAAAAUUCAAUUGGAUAAUGUACCGCCUCCUGUAUCAAUAACAGAAGGCAACUGAAUAGUAAAUUUUUGUUGGUGCAUUGAAUCUUAAAAGUACCAUAUCAUUUAUUUCAUUGACUUGAUCGUUAGUUGAUGACAAUAUUGCUCUUUUCUAAAACCAACUCAAGGUCUUAGUAGAAACGUUAGAUAUUUUUGGAAAAACAUAAAGUCUAUAGUUUCGAUCAGCAGAAGUUUCAUUACUAUACGUACUAGGCGUAAGUACUCUUUUAUCAUUGACUGUGUUGUGUCCUAUAUUAGAUCUUUUUUUAGGCAUGGCCAUAGAUCAUUAUAGAACCAUAGUAUAUUAUAUGCAUGACUAAAACGCAAAGAAUUUUUAAGACAAUUUACAAUUUUAUUGCAUAAUAUGGCACAUACAUCUUUAUAAUUAUUUGUAUUAAUAUUAAUACCAUAGAUACCUACAUUUUAAAUUUUUUUCUCAUUUCAUCCAUAUUACUGAGAUAGGUAAUAGAAAUAAUAAUAAUAAUAAUAAUAAUAAUUAAUAUUAAUACCUAAAAACCGAAUGUUGGGGAAUGGAAGUCAAUAUAGCUUUAAAUCUUCCCCUAGACUCAACCGAUCCAUUAGUGAAAACCGCAUCGAAAUCCAUUUAAUCGUUUCGGAGUUUAUCCCGAACAAAAAUGCUAUUUUAUUUUAUAAUAUGUAUUGAUAAUUAAAUAUUAUUUUAUUAGCUAGUUCAACCAAUAUAAGUAAUGGAUGUAUUUUAAUUUUAUGUAUCAUUUAUUUAAUAUAAUAUCUAAUUGAAAUUUCACAGUUUUUGGAAGAAAAAUUUAGCCCACAGGAGGGGCAGCUGUCCCCCCCCCGGUGUGCACGCCUAUGCUCACCUACAAUAGUAGCCCACCCACAUGCAAAGUAUGCCUGUCUUUUUUUUAAAUAUAUCCAAACCAGAGUUGUAGAUUAAAUGUAAAAGUUCCGAGAAAUUAAAAAUCAUAGAUAUUAAACAUGGAUACGAUAUUGGAAGAGUAGUUUUUACGUCAAUAUUUGACCUUAUUAUACUGUGAAGUAAUACGUAUCUAUUAUAAAGGUAUAUUAGAACGUUGAUUUAUAGGGUGCCACAAAAGUGCUCACAAUGUGACACAAACCGUGUUCGCUUUGGAUCUACAACAAUUGAGCGAUGUGACAAAUUGGGCGUUAUCAUGUAUUUUUUAAAAAGUUAACGAGAUAUUAUUAGAGUAUAAAAUAAAAUAAUACUAUUUAAUACGUGCAAUUAAAAAAAAAAAAAUAGUAAUAAGUACCUAAUACAAACAAAUUAGCCAUUAGGUAAAUUUGCCUAAUAAAAAUAAAUACAUGCAAUUAAAUAUUGUGUGAGAUUCCUUUUAAAAAAUUAUCUGCUGAUCUUGAACUAAAUUGUUAGCUAAUAUGUUUUAUUCUUAAUGGUGAAUCUUUGUACCUACUUUUUUUGAUGGAUUUGAUUCAUUACCUACAAUGAAUAAAUUGAUAUAUUUUCAUACGAUUUAAUUCCUCUUCUUUUUUUAGAGCAUAGACAAAUUUCCAAAUUGAUGGAUGACAGUAUUUCAUAUGGAAUUAAACGAAUAAGCUAUACUUCAACAGUAUUAUUGAUCCUAUAGAUAUAUCAUUUACAAUUAAUUGUACAUCAAAUUGUGGGAAUCUUCUGUGCUUGUUACAACCAAUUAGAUAUAUUCUAUGUAUUUCUAAUAGGUCGUCGAAUGCAUUAACAGGCCGUGGGAGAACAUAUGCUAAUGCAUUUUAGCUUUUUAAUAUUCAAAAAUAGUUUAUAGUUUACUGUCAUAACUUGUAAUUUAUAAACGUAAUUGAUGCUAAUUUAAUUGUUCUCUACCAAUUUUAACUUAUAUUGUAUUUAAUUUUAUUUAUUUAUUUAAAUGUAAAGGGUAAAUUUCGUAUAUGAUUAUAAAAUAAAAUUCAAACUCCGAAUUUUCAUAGUAUUUUAUGGAAAGUCCAAUAUCUUAAAUAUUAUACCACACACAUUGGCUGAAAUGAAAAAAAAACAUCUAUUUAUUACAGGUCGGGGACAUACUUUAGGUCUUCAGCAGCAGUUUCGUAGUCGAACAUUAUAGAAAUUGCAGGAUUUAAUUGUUGUUUUAAUUUCAUGAUUUUUUUAAUAAAUAAGUGUUUAUUUCUUCUGUUUUAUUUAGAAGAAGUUCGUAAAUAGAUGGUAAAACAUUGUUAUAUUUAACACCAUGGACUAUAUGAAGUUAAUAAAAAAUACUAGAUGACAAUUAAAAACUACUAUCAGCCAUCAGUACCAAUAUUAUAUUACCUAGGUACCUUUUAAUGUCGAUCAAAUGAAAAAUGAUAGUUAUCUAUUGGGUUUUAUCUAGAUGGGUUUUUAAUUGACAGACAUAUAAAUGUGCAUAAACCCUUUUUGUAUUUAUUUGUUCAUUAUGCAUACAUAUUAUGGAAAUCAUAUACUACGUUAAAUUGUCACAGCGCUCAAUUUUAUUCGAGAUCAAUUUUAUUGUCCUCACUUAAUUUUCACACGCUCAAUUGUCAGGACACCAUUAGUACGGGAUUACUGUUUCAAAACAAAUAUAUUUGCAUGCGGGAGUGUUUGGAAGUUUUAUUAAAGAUAACAUGUAACAUAUAAUUAUUCUUCUCCUCGCCUUCACCCAACUAUAUGGGGUCAGCCACUCUCGUUCUAGUAUUCUACCUUCCAUAUAGGUACCCACUGUCCACAUAUUCUCAAUCACAUCCAACCAACUCUUUUUCGGUUUUCCUUUCCACUUAUUUCUCGGUCUAUUUUCUCUCAUUUUGCCUACUAUCAUAAGUUAUGUCUAUACUUCCUUGUAUGUACUCAUUCCUUAUUUUAUACAUUUUCUCUCCAUACAUCCACCAAAGAAUUUUUAUUUCUGCCAGACUUAUUCUCUGUUCUAUUUUCCUCUCUACAAUCUAACACUCCAAACAACAUAUUCAGGCUUAACAUGCUUUUGAAGGACUCUUAUCGGAUUUUCUUGUCAUUUAAAAUACAUGAUACUUCUUUCCACUUAAUCUAAUCACACGUUUACACUUUCAAAUUAAAAUUUAUUAAAUUGAUUUUUCCUAUACUAUGAUGGUGGUUUUUUUAAAUUCUAUAUGAACAAAUACGGAUAUCCUUCACACCAUGGGUAGGUCUUGUUGUUGAUGAGAAAUUGGGAAGGUAGGAUAUAGAGGAAAAUUUAAUUUAUACUUGUACUAACAAAAAACGAUUUGGAGAGAAGUUUCUUUUAUACAUAAAAAUUACGUAAAUUUUCCAAUUUUUCUUAACUAUUAUGAAAACCGUUUAGAAAACCAAAAAAUAACCAUCCAGAUAAAAUGGUAUUUCAGUAAAAGUUGGAAAUUGCACUUGGAAAUUGGAGCAAGAUUUUUGAUGGAAAAGUUGUUCAUUGAUAAAAAAAAAAUCAUUGUAAAAUCGAUACAUUUCUCGCUACGUUCCGAAUCUAAAGAAAUAUAUAACCCCUCUUCCCAAAAUAGAGCCAGGGACGCCGCCCUUGGAUUGUUGUGUACUUGUAUAAUCAUGAAAUAAACAGUGUAUUAGUGAUAAUGGUUGAAAAUGGUAACAAAAGAUUAAUUUAAAAUUAUCAAAUUAUGCGUUCUUAUCAUUUUCAUUUUUAUAAAAUAGGAAAUAAAUUAAAUUAAAUUAAAUGAUUUUAAACAUGUAAAUUCUAAGAAAAAAGGAUUGUUUCCAAUAUUAGUUAAUAUGUUUAACUCACACAAUACACUUAUUAUUUUUUUAUAAAAAUUAGGUAUCUACAAAAGUGACUAAUGAGUAAUGAAUAACUCAUGAAAACCUUUAUAAUAAAAUAUUUAUAUAUUUCCAAAGUAAAUUAAUUAGUGAUAUUUUUAAAUUAAAAUUAUAAAACAAUUAUUUAUAGGUAUUAAAAAAAAAAACUAACGCUUGAAGAAACCAGUUCCGUUUUUGCAAUUGAACGAGGAACGGGAACGAAUUCCUUUUUAAAAGGAACUCUUCCAACAUUGACAAUAAUACCUAAAAAGAGCUCAAAAAUCUAAUAUAAAUAAAAAUUGUACCACAUAUAAAAAAAGCUAAUAUGUAUAAGUAUUUUGUACAAAUUUCAGCUCUCUACGAUAAUUUUUAAUUGAUUCACAAAAAAAAAAAAAACAAAUCGAUAAUAACGAAACUGCAUUAACAUCGUAAAUGUUCCCGUAUUUUCUACUUUUUUUCAAGAUUCUCUAAUGAAUUAUUUGGGAAAUAAAAAAAAUAUUCACUUACUUUAAUUUAGUAAGAAAGAAUCUUAAUCUGAGAUACAAAACACGAAACACUUGAAUAGAUAUUAGCAUUUUUUAGACCAUGUAUGAUUACCGAAAUACCUACCUAUUUUUGCUCUCUUAAAGUUAUUUACGGCAAUUUAACAUUUUCGAUUUACAAUCUACUCGCGAUGGAACGAAUUUCAACGGACCGAGGAAAAAGCUUGUUGUAUCAAGAUUUAAAAAAAAUUCAAAAUUUAAAUCAAUACCCUACAAAUACAUAUUCAUUUUCAUUUAAUAAUACAUACAUGAGUCAUUAUUUAUUACAUAUGCAAUAAGUAUUUAUUGUUUAUUACGUAUAAAUAUGUAUUUAUUUUUUUUUAAAAAUCAGUUAUUAUUAUUAUCAUUUUCUUUUUGUGUAGCUGCUUGCGCUUACUCGGUCAAUAGCGUUAUCUAAAUUUAAAAUUUUACAAAACAUCCUGUCGUCGAUGUCGUGUCUGUAAAUAACUCAAGACGGCACGGAGACCUGAUUUUGCUUCCUUCGAGGUUAUGGAAGGCUCCUCUAAAGAUUCUUCUUCGUUAUUACCUUUUUCAUUGCCUUCGUCGUCAUCAGCUUUGUUUAAAGUUUCAUCGUCAUUGAGAGAACCACAGACAGCCAAAUCAACGUCAAUAGUAACAGAUUCUUCAAACGUUGAUAAUUGCUCGACUAGAAGUGAAACAGUAGGUAAUCUGAGCCAUUAACUGCCAACUUCUAAAGUGGCAAGGGCCAAGGAAUAUUCGUCUCCUUCCUUAUCAAUAACUUUCACAAAUCCACACGUUCUAAAACAGUCCUAACGAAACUUAACUAAAACGAUAACGUAGAAGUUACAAUAAUGUUGCAGAGUCAUUAUACAUUUAACGACAUGCAUUUUACAUUAUCGCAUGAUAAACAAACUCCGUAUUACCAAUAAAAGCAAUAAUAUCAAUCAUUUUACAUCAGCAGACGUGUAUCUUAUUUGGUAUAUAUAUAUAUAUAUAUUAUGUAGUAUUAAUAAAAAUUAAAAAUUCGAAAUAUCAAGCUCCAAAAAUAACUUUGUUCUAUCGUGGGGACAGAAGUAAUUUAAUUUUACGUAUAUAUCACGAGAUUUUCAAAGGGCCGACAGUUUCAUUCGUUGUAUCGAGCUUCGUUAUAUCGUGAGUUGACUAUAUAAUAAAUUAAUAGGAAUUUUUAGACCUGCAUGAAAUACUCAGGAAGUUGAUACAAGGUUCAUUAUAAAUUAGUUCUUACUGGUCAAAAAAAUAAAUAAUUUAGGCAACGUUCCUAUAUGGGACAUAUAUAUUGAAGAAUAUAUUUCUUCAAAAAUUCGUAAGAAUCACUAAAAUUUGUAAUUGUUUUAUAGUUUAAGACGUAUACAACGUUUUCACCUAACAAGAUUGGUGGACGGACCUAAGACUUGUGGUCUUUGAAUUUUUAUUUCGCCUGCGACUGUAUGUAGUAGUAUACAGUUCAGUACCACUGUCGAAUUAAACCGUAAAUGCUCGCGAUUCGGACGUCAUAACCGAUAGUAAUUAUUCUUAAUAUACAGUAAUGUCAGGUUUGUAUCAGUUAGGUUAAGUUUAGUUGGUAGGUAGUGGUGGUCAAAAGAUUUUGUCAUGGGAAUGGGGGAGGGAGAGUGGAGGAGGCUAAUUUUUAUAACAUUCGUUUAAUAAUUAUCAUUAUUUUACAUUAUAAAUAUAUAGGUAAUGCGAUGCAUAUUAUUUGAAAUAUUGAACGGAAAAGGUCGUGGAGAGGAUGCAUCCCCUGAUUUUGUUUACCCGCCUCUGGAUGAUGAUGGCUCGUGUACCGUACCAUUAUUAUAUUUAGGUGCCUAUAACCUGCACGAUACAUGCAUCUAUAAACGAUGGUGUAUAUUAUUAUGUCCACCCGGACAAUAUUCUGGUCAAACUCCUUUCGCACGAAUCAUCGCGAUCUUCGCGCGAUAGGCGCCCGCGCACAAACAUUAUAAUAUAUACCUGUACAAUAUAUACACGUAUAUUUUUAACGUUAUGCGCGGGCGCGAUCGCUCGGGUGUGUUUGUGUGUACGUGCGUGCCGUCCGCCGUGAGCAGCCCGCGUCCGCUGGAGUCAGAUAAGCGGCAGAUACGACGCGGACACACUGGAGCCGAAUGCUGCGUCCUUUGGUUGACGUCACGCGGCGGCGGAAAUAUCGGCUGGCUCACGGUGCGCGGGUGCAGUGUUAUAGCGGCACCUAUAAUGUAUAGAAGUGAUGUGUGCGUGUGCGCGCGCGUUCGUUAUAUCGUACAGGGGACGACCAGGGAACUUUGUUGGUAGUGUCGGUGUAUAUACAUAUAUAUAUAUAUAUAUAUAUAUAUACGAUGGUAGCGCGGUAAUGGGGGUUGAUGGUGUGGCGGUGGAGAGAGCGCGGCGGCGGCGGCGGUUGUGUCGCCGUCAUCUAUAUACGUAUAUAGUACGAGCGUCGAGCUUGGGUAUAAUAUGCGUGCGUUUGUGCGCGGGCGCGCGCGCGCGCUCGUGCGCGGGGAGAACGGUGGGGUGAGGCGUCAUCGGGUCGUCGCGGAGUGCGGACUUACGCAGCGCGAACGGUGGACAGGGACGGUGGCGUACGCUAGGUGCGCGCGUGUCUGAAGGGGAGGCGCGCGAUUCGGCCGCCGCAGUGUAUAAUAGUGGUAGUAGUGUAGCUCUUGCAACAUUCCGCGUACAAUAUCUUUCUUUUUUCUUUUUAUUUUUCCAAAACAAAAAUUUUUUUCGCUUUCCACGUCUACCCAUUUACAAAUAACAUACACAUAUAUUUUAUACGAAAUCAAAUUAUUAUCACAUCGCGUUGUAAAUAUUAACCGUCAUCACGAUUAUAAUAAUUAUUCAUCUCAUCCGCUGCGGCACUUCGAACCCGUCAGCGCGACCGCCAUGUUACCGGAAUCUGGUGAGCACACACACACACACACACACACCACGUACACACGAAUACAACUAAUACAUAUAAAUACAUAUAUAUAUAUAUAUGUAUUUAUAUAUAUGUAUUUUUAUAUAUAUAUAUAUAUAUUUAUAUAUAUGUAUAUUAAACAUUUUAGGUUUAUUGUAUAUACAAUAUUAGGUAGGUACCUAUUUUUUUUUUUUUUUUUAAAUUUUCGUAUAUGAUCAACUCGGUUAUACGUGCAUUUUCGCCGUCGUCGUCGCCGUAAUAUUUUCGUUAAUUUUUCGCUAUAAUACUUAUUACGCGCCCAACAACGGCAGUAUAGGUACACGGCCAGUAAAUCAAUUUUUCGUCCGUCAUUAUUUUGUUAUUAAUAAUAAAAUAUUAUUGUUGUUGGGCUCUCGGCGGCGACGGUCUUGUUAUUAUAUUUGCGGCCGUCGCGCCGUCGUCGUCGUCGACAUCGUUCGCUUUACACAACCUCCCCCCCCCACCACCGUUCCCCCCUUAUGCCCGUGAGACAAUAAUAAUAUGUAAUACGUGCUGCGAAUAAUAGGAUAGUGGCACGGUGCACAUCACAUCCCGCGUAUUAGAGUAUAGGUGCGACGCUGGGCAUAAAAUAAUAUUAUCGCGUCGGGCGCUUGUCCGCGAAAGUGGUAUCGACGUUCCGUACAACGAUUCAAUAAUAUAAUACGCGUAUCACGAAUUAACAAUCAUGUUAUUGCUGUACGAAGACCACACCGAUCGUCUGGCCGCUGUUUGAAAGACGAUAUCCGUGGACUCGCGCGAUGCAUAGGAUACGGACAUUGUUGUUCAAAAUAAAUUACAGUGUUUUCUGGUUUUUUUUUUUUUUUUUUUUUUUUUUUUUAUCAUCGAAAGUAAAAGUGACUGUGUUUUCAUAACGACCAUUGCACUAUUACCGUGUCAACUCGCACGCUUUAGAUUCCCGCGCGACCCUUAUUCUCUAUUCCACUCCUAUGCGACGCGCACAGUGAAUUCAAUCCGUCCGCUAUAGCCAGAAUUUGUAUUUAGUUUGUUUGUUUGUUUGUUUUUUUUUUUUCCUGAGUUUGUUCACGCACACCCCGCGUCCAAUACGGAACUGUUUGUUUUAUUUAACGUUUUGUACACCUGUCUACGUUUUCUGAGAAUAACAUUACAGAAUAUCAUAUAAAACUCGUCGGAUAAUAAUAUUUUACGAUACCGUUCGUAUUUCUACACGUACACGGACGAUAGAUGGUGUAGUUAGGCUGUGCUAAACCGAUGUCGAAUAUUGUAUAACGUCCGCCGAUCGAUAUAAUAUUGUGUUAUAUUUUUUUCGCGAGAUAGGCAUAUCGUAAAGUUCGACCCAGAAAAUAAUUAAUCUAGGUUUUAUUUUCAUACUGCAUGCGGUACGUGUUCUAUAUUAUAAUAAUACCAUAUAUUUAGACCGAAUCACCGAUAAGUACGCAAUUAUUUGGUGUAUCUACUAGUAUUAUAAUAUUAUUAGCGUAUAUACUUGACAUAUUAUUAUUAUUAUUAUUAUUAUGUUUUAGUUUAUUUUAUUAUAAUUAUUAUUUAUGGGACGUUUUAUUGUUAGAUGUGUGAUUUAUAUCGUCCGACACUAGUCCCGGCUACUCGUUAUACGCGAAAUCGAUAAAUCUAUUCGGACGUCAUGAUGGAUUUACGACAAUUCAUAAGGCCGGCGAAUUUUCCCAUAUCGUCGGAUAAUUAUUAUGGUAUAAAUCAUCAUCAUAUUGUAUACAUAUAUUUUCUACUACAUAAUAUAAUAUAUUUUCAUUAUAAUAUUAUUAUUAUUAUCUUUUAUUUUUUUAUUAAUGAGAUUAUUCUAAUUCUAAUUUUCUAUUUAAUCUAUUAUGUGUAUAACCAACCAAAUAUACAGAGUGAUUAAUCUAUCGUAAGACACUCAUUAUCUCGGAAAGCAUUAACCUUUUUCGGAGUCUAGUUUAUAGAAAAUUUAAGAAACAAGCAGCUCUACAAUUUUGCAUUUACGUUAUUUUUGUCACUCUCAUUUUUGAAAGUAAAACCGCUGUUUACUUUUGAUUUUCAAAUGGCAACCUACAUUAAAAAUUGUACAAAUGUAUUAUGAAGUAUUAGUUUAAAUAAAUACAGUUGUUGAAAUUUUUGAUUUCAUCAUCAAUCCGUUAACGAGAUAUUCUACUUUUAAAUAUGAGUCGGGGAGAGUAGUGGUACAUUAUUAAAACGCCGUGCCGCCACACAAAUGUUGUUCCACUACUCUCCUCGACCCAUACUUAAAAGUAUAAUAAUCUCGUCAAUAGACGGAAAUCAAAAAUGUCAACAUCAAAAUCUAUUAAUUUAUCGAAUUUUCAAUAUAGAUUAUAGCUAUUAUAAAAUCAAAAGUAGGUACUGGUUUUACCCUCAAAAAUAAAGGUGACAAAAAAUAAAAUAAACGUAAAUUUGCAAAGUUGCGUGUUCCUUAUAUGUUCUAUAAAACAUAUUCCAAAAAUGUUAAUACUUUCCGAGAUAAUGAGUGUCUUACGAUAGAUUGAUUACUCUGUAAAAAAUCAAUUAACAAAAUAUGUAUUAUUAUACAAUUACAAAUCAAAAGCAUUCAAAAUAGAAAGAUAGAUUUAAAACAAAUGUAUAUUAUAUUUUGGUUUUUUUUUUUUUUAAUCGAUCGACACUAGGGUCAUAUAUUGAAGCCAUAAAAUUUAUUUUAAGAGGCCAUGUGGCAUAAAAAAAUAUUUUAGUUGAAAAAUACAAACUAAUCGUGUUUUAUAAACUAAUUAUAUUAUACUAGCGUAUCCCAAAAGUCUCGUAUCUCUUUCAGUAUAUACCCGUGGUAAAUCAAUAUAUUUAAAUGCCAUUUGUUUUACAGUAAAUAAAUAAGUAAAAUAGUUCCGAUUGAAUGACAUAAAUUUCAACAAUUCAAAAGUUUCAAACAAAUUUAUUUCUUUCAAAUUUUUAAGAUAGUUAUUUUUCUAAUCAUAUUUUCUAAAAAAGAUAUUAAAAUUGAGUGAAAAUCGAUAAAGUUAAAGCAUAUCGAGUUUUUUAUUUCAUGACUGUUAAAAAAUAUGAUCAAAAAAAUCAAAAACUAAAUUGCAUUCAAAUUUCUUUUGGAUAUUUUUGAAUUUUCGGAAAAAAAAUUUUGAAAAUGUAACCAUUUAAUUAAAAUUGUAUUACUUAUUACUGUGAAAAAAAACAUUAUUUGAAUUGAUUGAUUUGCCAUGGAGAUACUAAGGGUGAUAGUCCUUAUAUAAUACAAAAUAUAGCAUUUACAAAUAACAAGUUCUUAUAAUAGGUACGUUACCGUAGGUAGGUAGGCCCAAUAUAAAUACAAAUUUAGUAUUAAUUAACAACAUAAUCCCGUAGUUCAUUUUUGAUAAUAAUUACUGUACCUGAGGGUUAGAAAUUACAUAAACAGUGUUGUAAUAUAAUAAACGUGCCCAUACGGCCAACUUUGAGCCAGAUAUUGAUUAGAGAGGUAUAGGUAUAUAAUAUUAACUAAAUAUAUGCCAUUGGUUUAAAUUGAUAAAAUAAUGAACCUAAUUAUUAUUAUUUUUCCGCAAUAAUUAUUUCAUUACAUUUAUUAAAUAAUGACCAAUAUUAAAUUACGUAGCAUUUUGGUCUACUUAUCUUAUUUUUAUAUCGACAUUUUAACUCGAUAUAGAAAGAAAACUAUAACGAUUUCAAUAAAAAAAAUAUUCGUAAUUUGUAAGAUUUUAUUAUAUAUAUAUAUAUAUAUAUUGUUAUCUAAACCAUUAAUAAUAUAAAUACGAUUGGUUAUAUGAAUUGUUUGAUUAGAUGCUGGAUUUGUAGGCUGCAAUAAUUUGUUCCUUUUCCCUGUACUUUUUGUGUGCAUUAGUCUAUAAUAAAAAUUAUUAUAUAUUUAUUAAAACCAAUUUAAAAGUAGAAAAAAUAUCUACUAAGAUAUAUAAAUUAAUACAAUAAUGAGGUCUAUUUAGUUAUUUGGAUAUUAUUUUUUUAUACUUAUAAUAUAAUAAAUAUAUAUAACAAUAUAUAGUUUUAAUACAUACAUAGGUUUUUUAAUAACUAACUAUUUCUAUAAUGUUAGAUAGAUUUAAUAAGAUAGAUGAUUUAUAUAGUAUACAUAAUAAUUGCAAUACAUAUUAUUAUACGUUUAGGCUAUAAUGUGUGACAGAUAGCAACAAUGGCGGUGGGCACGUACUACUGAAGCCCACCCCCACCACAACCUGGAGCCCUUAACCCAGGCAUCGCUGGUGCUCACCAUGGCGGUCGCCAUCAUCCUCCUUAAUAUCCUCAUCAUCGCUACAUUCACCAACAUUAGAGGUAAGUACACGUACAUUUAUCUAUACGGAUGUACAAUAUUUUGAACACAAAAUAUUAGAGGUGUUUAUACUAAUUUUCGUUUAUAUAUUAUAUAGGCAUUUGGUUAAGUAUAACUAUCAAAGUUUGUAGGUUAUAUAUUUAAGUUGUAUUAAAUCUUAUAUUUUAUUAUACAAUUAUUAAACUGAUUACUAUACACAUAUAUUGUAAAAUAUAUUAAUAUUUAAUAAUAUUAUAUUAGGUGGAGGAGAGGUGAUGAAUGUAUACUUGGUGUCACUGGCUCUGGCCGACUUACUCUACGGUGUACUCGUAGUACCGUUUUCUGUAUACCCAUCACUCGUGCAACAAUGGGUCUAUGGGAAAAUCGCUUGUAGAAUUAUUGGAUACAUCGAAGUCGCAUUGUGGACCGUAUCUGCGUACACCCUCAUGUGGAUUAGCGUGGACAGGUAACAAAAACAUACCUACACGAUUAUUUUUAUAAAAUUCAUAUUUAUAAGUUAUAACGUAUACUCGUCGUUAUAAUUUAUUAGUUUUUAAUAUUUGUUAUAUUUUGACUAACUUCUAAGGAUCAGAUAAAAAAGUGAAAAAAAAUAUUAAUCAACUACCUAAUAUAAUGUUACUAUUUUUACGUUUUACCUGUAUGAAAAUAAUAAUUGUGUUAUUAUACUGAUUACACAAAUGAUGCUAAAUUGCCUAAUGUUAACGCCGUCGUAAAAGAAAAUUCUUUUUUUUUUUGCUUGAAAUAAAUGAGUCAUCGAUAACUUUACUGCCUACGCUAUGCCCAAGUACUUAUUUUUAAAUAAUAUUUUAUUGUAAGGAAACGUCAAAACACAAAUUAGUUUUAAUUUAAAGGAAAAAACUUACAAAUUAAAAGUAAACAUUUUUAGUAUUUAAUUGUUUUGUUAUUUUUCUGCAAAAUUUCGUAUUGAAUAGGUUAAAUUUAUUAAAAGUUUAAUACGACUAAAAGAACUUUGUUAAAUUUCUUUAAAUUUUCUUUACUGAUUUGCGUUAAACUACGAUACCUACAAUAAGUCCAACGAAUGUUUUUUCCUGUGUAUAAUAACAAUGUACAUUACGUUGGACGUAAUAAUAUAAUUUCACAUGUGUGCGUCUACAUAUUCUAUUCUACGCUGUGAAUUAAAUUUUGCAUUAAAAAAAAAAAAAAGACAAAAUAAAACAAAGUAAUAAAAUACUCAUUAUCGCGCCAAUUUCAUUAUUGCCCAUAUACAGGUGAUUUUUUUAACGCAAAACAAUCAAACUCUCGGAUAAUACAUUUUCUAUGUCAGGAACAUUAAUAUACUGUUAUAUAAUAAUAUGAAUAAUCCUUGAAUUUUACGUUAUGACUUUUUAUUUUCAAAUGACAACAUAUGUACUAAAAAUUGCAUACGUCUUCACCAGCUUAACGGUCCAUUCAGGACCAAGAACUGCAUUUCCGGGCUAUCAUUGUUAAAUCAUUGGUAACUAUUAGGUCAAUAAAUCGGGUUUCGGGUCGACUCAGGAUAUUUUUUUUUUUAAAUUUAUUUUGUUGGAUAAAAAAAUAUAUGUCCUAAAUCGUGUUAGGUUGAAAUAUUGGUCGAAAUUGAUAUCACAGUCCGUGGGUGUAGUAUAUUUUUAAUUUCCGUAGUGACUCGUUGGCAAAUUACAGGACAUGGGCAGGUAUUAUAGCCUAUAGGUAUGUAAUAACUUUUACGUUUAGUAUUUUUGUAAAGGGCGCGAGAUAAUGAUAAUACAAUUUUUGAUAAUUUGCCUGAAAAAAAAAUGUCGAGAUAACGAGUGUUUGUACAAGUUUACCCUGUACUACGUACAGCUUGUUCGUGUGUACACGGAUUGUCGGCGAUUUCUUGUAUUUAUAAUCGGUUGCAGUGGUUCGGGCGUGCGGCUCGCGUGUAUCAUGAUACACCGUAUAAAUGUGUGACGCGUACCUACAUAAACAUUUUAAUAACGUUAUUAUUGCUGUAUGGGCACGUAUAUUAUGUUGUUAUAUUGUGCUCUAUCACUGCAGUUUUAUCGCAUGUCGAUGUCGCGUGUUUCGCGCGAUACUGUAGAUUCUCCUCGACGAUGGCACGAGUAACAUCCGCCGAACAACACGAUAUUCGCGUGUGCACGGACUAUUGUAUAACAAUACCUACGCGACGAUGUGACGGCAACGCGGCAUGUUUUAUCGUAGUUAUCCGCGCGGGUCCGUUUUCCAGUACAAAAACUCCCUAUACAUAUUAUAUUACGUGAAAUAUUAAUAAAAUAUGAUACGCUAUAGAUAUGCGCGGAUACACCGCGGAAGUCGUCGAUAAGAGAGGCGUGGGGGAGACGAUGCAUAUAAUAUAGUUACUGACGCACACUCACCGACCCGAAUUAUAAUAAUAUUUAACUCGUUAUAAUUCGUAGUAAAUAAUAAUAAUACAUUUGCGUUUUAUUUUAAACCAGGCAGCUUUUUUGAUAUUAUUUUAAUCGACACGUUUUUCAGCCGAUAAAACGAUAUUAUUACGUUGGCUGUUGCGUUCGUGUUGCAGGUACAUAGCGGUACGCAAACCGGUCCGGUAUUUUACGGUGCAGACGCGCACCAGGUGCCAGUGUUGGAUGGCGUUUACGUGGAUAUCGUCGGCAAUGCUAUGCUCCCCGCCACUGUUGGAGUUCGGCGACCCGGUGUUCGACAAGGACACGGCCGUGUGCAUGCUCGACUGGCAGGGCAUGGCGGCGUAUUCGGUGACGCUCUCCAUACUGAUUUUGGGGCCCAGCCUGAUAACAAUUUUGUACACGUACGUGUACAUAUACGGUGCGAUCAGGCGGCUCCGGCGGGGUUUCCUAGCGCAUGACAAGGUAUAAAAACGCACAGCACAAUACCGAUAUUACAAUGUAAACUCUGUUCGUCGCUGCACACAGUCGCCUUGACGGGGUUUGUAGUUACGGGGGACAAUAAAAUGAUAUGCUCGGCGAUCGUCAAUGGCGUCCAAAGCUUUUUCGAACGGAGGACGUAUAGAGGCCGUUAUUUUUCCACGAGAUAUGCAUUUUAUCCGAGAUGCUGUGACGAUUCUCGCAUUUUUUUUUUUUUUUAUUUAGGAUCGCACAUUAUCAUAUUAUUCAUAUCGACAAUUUCCCUCUGCUUAAGCAAAUAAAAGCGUUCCUAAUUAAUUAUACAGUUUUGUGCUGCAAGUCGUAGGUUUAUUCAAUUUAUCAACUACCUAAUCUAUUUCUAAAAAUGUGUUUUACUUAUACGGAUAUUUUAGUGAAAGCGAAUUGAAAUUACAAGUACACACCUAAGGUUUAUACGCACUAUUUUAGUACCUGUAUAGUCAUAAAGUAUACCAUAUGUCCAUAUAUAUAAUAUAUUAAAACGAAGUUUAACAAUUAUCUUGUUUAUAAUUUAAACAUUUUAGUUUUUUAAAAUUGACAUAUGUAAGUCAUAUUAAUAUGUUUUAUUGGCACACAGGAAUACGUAACAGCAUUGUCUGAAAACCUAUCCAAUCCUACGCACGUCACGUCGUUUGUGUUGAUCGUGUCGUUUUGGGUUUGUUGGACGCCAUUGAUGUCCAUUAAAGCGUACCAACAGCUAGGCGGCGUGCCUGCAGUGCCUGGCCAGGUGCGUUUCGCCGCCCUGUGGCUGGGCAUAUCCAACUCGGUAUGGAAGGCGUUUGUGCUCAUAUUUCUUAGCCCGCAGUUCCGCGUCAUGCUCAGAUUGUUGUGUUUGACGGUAUUUUGCAAACGGAAAAGUCGCGCAGAACUUGAGCUACUACAACUCGACAUGGAAGAUCACUUCCUCUAA